CCCAUAGGGAAACAGCGUCGAAAAUGCUUUUCUACUCGUUUUUCAAGUCGUUAGUGGGGAAAGAUGUGGUCGUCGAGCUCAAAAAUGACUUGAGCAUCUGUGGAACACUUCAUUCUGUUGACCAGUAUCUGAACAUCAAGCUGACAGACAUCAGUGUCACAGAUCCAGAAAAGUAUCCACACAUGUUGUCUGUGAAAAAUUGUUUCAUCCGUGGAUCUGUGGUCCGGUAUGUUCAAUUACCGGCAGAUGAAGUGGACACUCAGCUCCUGCAAGAUGCUGCACGCAAAGAGGCCAUGCAACAAAAACAAUAAUUCAUUUACAGAGAGGGUUUAAGGGACAAGGGAUGUUGGAGUAUGAUAAUGGUAAAUGUUUUAUUGGUUUUAUUUAAGUCAGAUUGGUAUCAAAGUUUCAGCAAUCUUGGCUAUUCAGCAAUAUGUCUCACUGUCACAUAGGUUUGGAUAGAGAAGUCAAAAGCAUUCCUUGCAUUUAUGAAUUUUAUUUUGAAAAAAAUGCUGGGAAUGGUAUCUACCUCGCAAGACAUGAUUUGGUCCCCUUCUGUGGUUUUUUUCUUCUUUUGUGCAAACUGAAUUGGCACCAUCUGAAUUGAAUUUAUUUUCUUUUAAAAAUCUAAGUGAAAUGAACAACCUUUGUCAAAACUGUUUGUUGUAAAGAAUUUGAAGGGUUUUUUUGGUUAAUGAAAUUUUUAUUUAUGUUAUAUGGGAAGAAAAACAAAACUCUUCGAUUUGGCCACGGUAUAGUGAUGCGUAACUCCCUGUCUUUUUUCUUUUUUUUACACUUUUUAUUUUUAACAGCAUUUAAAAUACAAACAAACAAAGUACAGAACAGGAGGUCUUGCUUGUUAUCAUCCAACACCAAAGACAGUUAAACAGGUAUAUGUCAUCACACGGAUUUCAGCUAUGUUGCCUAAUGAGAAAGGAGAGAGAGAGAGAAAAAAAAACCCUAAUCAACAAGUUUCCUUUAAGUAGCAAUCCCAUUUUUUUCCAGUAUUUUUCCCAUUUGUCUUUAUGUAGACGAAGGGCCAAAGUUAUCUUUUCCAUGGAACAUAUAUAAUUGACAAUUCCGGUAAAAAGGUCCAUAUUUAGAGGAUUUUUCUGCAGCCAACAUUUGGUGACAGUUUUUUUAGAUGCUACUAGUAAAUUUUUCAGGGAUAGGCAUCACCUUUGCAUAAGUUUUUAGGGGGGACUCCAAGAUACAGAGAGGAGAAAGACAUCAGCAUUAAAGCCCAGGAUCCUUGAUAUCAAACGUCCCACUUUUUCCCAAAAAGGUUAAAUAUGUGGACACAACCAAAAUAUGUGGGCAUGGUCCACUUGCAUUGAUCCACACUCUCUCCAGCAAGGGUGCUGGGUCCCUGAAAACUUGAAUUUCUGCUUUGGUGUUAAAAAACCGAAUCAAGGCCUUCCAGCAGAAGUCCCUCAAGGUCGGUGAGUUAGUGGUGGGGCAAUGAGUUUCCCAGGCAUGUAACCACACAUCCUCAGGUAUUUCCACCCGCAUAUCUUUUUCCCAACGCUGUCUUACAUAAUCAAUUGAAUUUUUGUUCAUUGAGGUGAUAGCAUUGUAUAAUUUUCCAAUGACCCAUUCGUUACUUUCACCCUUAUAAGCAUCUAUAAAAUGAUAAAACUCCAGAUAAGUUUUGAGCAACUCCCUGCCUUGAUAUUUUUUAUUUUUCUGGUAAAAGAGUCAGAAGACCUUCAUACUUUUAAGUCACUGUUAUUAAAGAUUUAAAUUUUUAGUUGUGUUUUUUUAAUGUUUCAUUUAGAUUUUUUUUUUUUUGCCAGAUUUGGAAUGUUUAACUGAAAUUAUGUAUUUUUCCUUUGACAUGGGUACCUGAUUAAAAUUCCUUU